AUGGCCCAACUCUGGCGUGUGAUUGCGCCAGAGCGCAAAGAGACAACAGGCUCCCUUGGCACCCUCGACGAAGCCCUACUGAGUGGCAGCGCAGCAGGCCUCGUCCCUCUGCUAGCAGUGCCACUCCAUCAGCACAGGUUCGUGGCCACUCCAAGACGCCGUCAAGCCAUCACUAACAACUCAAGCGUCGAAAUAUCGUCCGCAAAAGUCGCGCGUGUGAGGACCCACGACUCGCAACCCAUCGCUCCUAACGCCCCGAAAACCUUAUCCAGUCUUUCUUCGCACGUCCACUGCAUCAUCUUCCGGUAUCUGGAUAACCCCUUUGACGCGCUCCGGCUGAGCCUGACAAAUCGCUAUUUCUGGGCCGUCGGCCUCCGCCGCCUCGAGGACUUCAUCAUGGAGUCCUUAGCACCAUGGGCCGGCGAGCGUAUCGUCUGCGUAAGCGACGAGAGUGAUCCGCGCGCUAUCCCGGACGAAAUUCUGAACGAAACCGAAAAGGCCGAUCUGGAAGAGUUAAAGGGGAUCUACGAUCUGAGUAACUCCGCGCCAACACAUGGAUGGAGAACAGUCGGUGCGCCCGUUCUCCCCGAAGAACUGCGGAAAUUCGUCGUGGAAUAUGAAGCCACGCACCCCAUGUCCGAAGCGGACCAUGCAGAGAUCAUGAUGGGUCUGAAGCCGGAGAUGCUGGAUUUCUACCCGCGUGACCAGCCGUGGAUUCUGCGGAAUCUGACUACGAAAGAGUACGUGCGCGGCGAGGUCAUUGCGCUGAAAGGGGAGUUUGUGCAGGGACCGAAUAUUGAGGUUCUGGGGUUUGCGGAGAUCUUGGUUUCGCGGAUCUCGUGGUCGAGUCGGGAAGCCUAUUUUGGAAGGGAUAAGAAUCUGGCUCAUGGGAAAUGGGCGGGGCAUCGGUUUGAUAUUACCACGUUGCCGGCGCAUGAGGAACGUGCCGGGAAUGAUGGAUGGAGGGAUGUCAGUGAUGAGGUUCUGAGGGAUCUGGAUGUUAUAAUUGGGAGCCAGAAGGGGGAUGACUGGCGUGAGCACAUGUCUAGGCGACGUCAGAAGAGCAUAUCAUCUAUGCGAUUAGGGUAUACUUGA